AUGCUCAGCCCCUGGGAUCUCUAGGGUGCUUGGCCAGUGCAAGAGGACAGCCAGCCUGGCUUGAGAAGGAGCCUUGCUGGGGUUGGCAGUGUAGAGCCCAGGCUGUAGGUGCCCCUAGAGGCCCCUUUUUGCUUCAUGAGUGUCUGGCUGGUAAGGGCCCAUCUCUGUGGCCAGCAUGGCAGCUGCCUGGUGUCAGUGGACCAGAGCCUGUUUGAGAAUGCCAGUGCCAGCGCGGCGCCCACUCCGCACCCGCAGCACCUCCCAGCCGUGCCGGGAGUCCUGCCACAGCCCUGGCGUCCCGCCGGCAGCCAGCACCUCCGCAACCUGGGCAAGGCCGUGGGUGCCAAGGUGAACGACCUCCUGCGCCGCAAGGACCCGGCCGGGCUGCCCAGCCUGGGGGUGAUGGAGGUGAACACCAGUGCCGGAGCCGUGCUGGGCAUGGGGCAGCCGGCUGCAGAGGAGGGGGCUGUGGGGUUGGAUGCUUUUCCCCGUCUGGACCCCCCCCCUUCCAUCACCAGGAAGCGGGCACCACGUGCCCUGAAGACCCCGCAGGACAUGCUCAUUGCACCCCAGCCAGCAGGGAGCAGCCGAAGGGGCAGUGUGGAAGAGCCUUCUGAGCCACUCACAGCCCACUCCCACCCUGCAGAGGAGCAGCUGGGCACGAGGGACCCAUCGCCUCCAGAAUGCCCUGCUGUGCCCACCAUGGUGGGCACCCCAGAGCCCAGUGAGGACCAGCCCACUGGUGCCCUCCCAGUGCCCGACCUCAUCCACAAGGGCAGCCUGGAAAGCCAGUGGCGAGCAGGAGAGAGGGCUCCUGAGACCUCACCGCACAUGGAGAAGCCCUCCCAGAGACCCGGGCUGGAGCACGAGCCACUGGGGAGCACGGGGCGGCUGGAGCCACAUUCUCCCAGCUGGGAGGUGGAGGGGCCACAUCCUGACCUACUGUCCUUUGAGUAGCAGCAGCAGUGCUGUGGCAGGGGCACCAUGGAGGCUGGCUCUCACCAACGCAUCUCUCACUGCCACUUGCCACUUUUGGAGUCGUUGUUUGGAGAGAGGGCAGCCCUGGCUAGCAGAAGUCAUUGCUAGCCCAGUGUGGGGUUUGGGGAGGCAGGGCUCCACUUUAACUUGGGUUCCCAGAAGGGGCACACCCUGCCCUGCUGUGGCUUCUGCAGCCCCAUCCUGAGCCUAUUAACCCUGGUCAGUGCAGAGCUCCUGUACUCCCCUGGUGCCACCAUCCUAUCCUGCCUGCAGCCAGGGGCCAUGCUGAGCUGGGGACUGAGGGUGGGCUUGCUCCCCAGCCUGGGUCCUCCUGCUUGUGUGCAGAAGCACCAGGCUGCCUCCAGCCCUGUCAGCUGUGCUGUGGGCGAGUGUCCCACAUGGCUCCCCACGUCUGGGCUGCCUGCCCUAGCCUGGAACAUGUCUCAGCUUACAUCCUAUGCUUGUUGAGAUACAUCAUCCUCGUGUGCCAGCACAUUCACCCAGCCCUAGUGCCCAGUGCCAGGGAGCUGGGCUGGCAGACACCCCUAAGGCCUUCUCCAAGUGUCAGCCCCUUGGCAUUAGCUUUCCUAGUACCAUUUAUCUUUGCAGCAGAGUCCCAGCUGCAGAAGACCUGCUUAUGGUUCAGGCUCUGCUGGGGAGCAGGACUGGGUGCCUGGGGCCACAUGGCUGCUCACCGGUGUGUGAGCUGUGGUUAGGGACCCCAGCUCCCUGUCAGACCCACCUCCAGCUCCUGCUUGUUUUCUUGUCUUGCCCCAGCCAUCAUGGACCAGAGUGACCUGCCCAGGCAAGCAGCCUGCUCCAUGUGGCCCAGUGCCAUUACUCUCCUCCUUUUGCUGGGAUGGAGAUGUUUUUGCAGGUGUAGGACACAGGAAGCCACAUAACCCUCUGAUACUGCUCUAUGAUUGUUUCCCUGUGAACUACAGGAGAGCCAGCAAACCCCUGGGCUGGUGCAAGGAGGCAGUGCUGAGACAGCACUUUUUGCUUAGAGCUUUGUGCUUCCUCUCCAAAAAAAGGUGGUUUUGAGAGGAAAAGCUCCAGAGACCAGAUUUGGGCUGGAGGAGGCUAGGGGCUCAUGGAUGGGGCACCUCUUGUUUACUGCUCCUCCUGGGCCAUGCAGAGUGGUUGGGCUGAAGAAAUAUCUUCCACCACCCAAAGCCACGUGGUGGUCUUGCUGAAGGAAGGAGGCCACCAGCACAAAUCCCUUUGCCCUGGGAGCAGCCACUCUGCUCCCAUGCCCAUUGCUGUGGGGAUGCUAGGGGCUGUGCAGUGCUCAAGCCCUAGGAGAGUCCCACUCAAGAAGGAGGGGGACAGAGCCUGCAGCCAUCUGGCCCUCGGUGCUGAGGUGUAACACACCCUGUGUGUGAAGUGAUUAUGCUGUGCAUGGCUGAUGCACCCUACAGACAAAAAUUGGUAUGAGUAUGUCUAUGUGUAUGCUGCCUAGACCUACACUGCAUUGUAUAUGUCAAUGAAAACAAGGCCUUGCAGCCCCUCUGUGAGGAACCAGCAUCUUUCCUCAGGGGAAACUUUGAUGCUGGUCCAGUCCCUCUAUUUAUGUUGUCUACAACAUGUGUGUAGUUUGGGACAAAAGAUUCAGA